UUAUUCUCUGACCAAAUUGACUCCGAAGAGGAUUUCAGCCUCAACAACCUAGACAGUUGCAAAAUUCCAGAGGAAUCAAUGAAUCAAAAAUCUGUUAUGAUUUGCCUCAACGCUUGCAAGGCUACAAAUUUGAAAGUAGCCGCAGUUUUCGAAGUAGAUGGAGCAUAUCAAUACGUAAAUAACGAAAUUAUUCCAGUGCCGACCGCGCAGAGUGAAGGCUUGCUGUGGCUAGAACUAUCGAUAAUUACGUCGGAAAAUUCUGCGAACAGCACCGUCAAGGGUUCUAGCUUCGCUUCCACAAAUUUCACAGAAAUAAUUGAUAACGCAUCGAUUUUCAAGAACUGGGUGAUUCGCGAUCAGGACAGACAAACAAACAUUCCAUUCUUUGUAAUUAAUUCAACUGAACAAUGUCAACGGACAACAACAACAAUGCCCCCAAAACUUCAAUACACAACCAAGGGCGCGCCGGAGAUCGCUGGUGAAGUCGCUGAUCCCACACCAAGCAUAAGCUCGUCAUCAUCUUCACUUUAUGAUCAACGCUUCAUGGUCGCAGGUGUCGCAGUCGGCGUCGUCUUGUUUGGGGUGGUCUUCGUGGCGGUCGGCGCAUUGUUCUAUAAAAGACGCAUCAAAGCGCGAGGAAACGCUCGGCCUAACAAUCACUCAAAGGACGCCGUUGUUGGCAAUUCAAAUGAUGGUUUCAAGGCAGCGAUCAUCCGCCGCGAGAGCAUCAACAGCCUCUACCAGACGUCGGAGCCUGUGAAGCCGCUCGAGCGGCACGUUAGUAUCAACAGUCUCUACCAACCUCAAGUUGAUGUUGACGCCAGCUCCUCUGCAGCGACCAGAUAUAACUCAAACUUUGGCUUAAACGCUAUGGGUCGGUAUCCUGUGAAUCACUGCAGUGUGAACAGCCUUUACCAAAAAUCUGAGUAUGAACAAGGAUAUGGAAAUCACGAGAGUGUGAAUAGUCUGUACCACAGCGGAAAUGGCGGGUACGUGAGAACGAGCUCGACGAUGAACGAUCCCACGAAAGUUGCAUGUAGGCUGGGAAUUGGCAACAGUCACGCAAGUGAAAACAACCUGCAUUCAAGUUUUCAAGAGUCCAAUGAAGAGUCUCCUUACUGUAACUAGAGCUCUAGAUAUUUAUCAGAAUUGAUAAAUACGAUAAUGGAGUCCAUCAGUCUACGUUGUCUCAGCGUCCAUUUAAAACACUUUACAGCAAUGGCUCUCCAUCUCGAAAGAAAAAUUCGAUACUCUGUGAAUACUAGGAACAAAUAAUAAAAUGUAGGUUACAUAAUUAAGGGUAUGUACGUAAAUUCCUCAUUUUGUGGCAAAGUUAUUUCGAGAGCUGUAUUGAUAGAAAGUUCUCAUCUGCAUAGGUCUAUAAAUUUUAGCAAAGCAAAUGGUUCCCUUUUCCUGUUUGUUCUAGUGGUUCAUUUUCUGAGACGUUCUUCAUUGUUUCCUUCUCAUUUUUAAUUAAUGUGAUGUUUAAUUUAAAUUUUAAACGUGCGAGUAUC